AUGAAACGAAAAACAAAGAAGGAAGAAGACUCAUCAUCAUCGGAAAGUGAAGACGAUGAUAGCAGCUCGUCUUCUUCAUCCUACUAUUCAUCAUCGGAUGAUGAACAACAAGUUAAAAAGAGAAAAGCUGAAAAGCAGAAUGCUCAACAAAUGCCCGUUCCAACAGUAGGAGGAGCUGUCGAAGAGAAUGAAAACAAUGACGAAGAGGAAGAUGAUUACGGGCCAAUGAUACCAAAUAAUUUCCAGAAUAAUAAUGUGGAAGCACAACAACCCCAAGAUAAAAUUCAAAACAAUAUUACAAAUCAAGAUAAUACGGAAGAAGAUGACGAUGAGGAUUAUGGCCCAGUAAUACCAACCGGCUUACCAAGCAACAAUAAUUCGCUUAGCUCUUCUCAUCAUGACGUUGUGCAUCCAAUUUCGGAAAAAACAGAGUCAACACAAAAUUUAAAAUUUGAACAGGCAGCAUGUACAACAGCUGUGAAAUCACAACAGCUUUCAAAAGAAGAAAAAAUUGAUCAAUUGCAUUUACAACAACUUCCUGAAGGACUAAUGUACGAAUGGUCUUAUAUGCACCGAGAUUAUAUUUGCUUUGUAUUAGUGGCACCUCCAGCAAAAGCUACUGCAAUUGGAUCAUCACAAAGUUCUUGCUUUUUUAUUGUUACCAUGUCGAAAGAUGGUCAUGUAAAAUUUUGGAGAAAGACAAUGGAUAAUAUUGAAUUUGUGAAACAUUUUGUGGCACACAAAACUUCAGCAAUGGGCCCUCUAAAAUAUGGUACCAUGUCAUCAGAUGGCCUUUUGUGUGCUAGCAUGUCUAGAUACGACUUGAAGAUUUAUGAUGUGACAAACUUUGACAUGAUCAAUGUGUUUAGUUUCUCCAAAGACGUUUCAGAUUCAUCAGAAAAUAUCUCUUACUCAUCGUCGUCGAACGAUGCAAAAUCAUCAAAACGUGAAUUGCACAUGUGCUGCUUUGCUUCUAAAAAACAAGGCAGUGCCAAAGAAACUCUUCUUGGUGUUUAUUUUGAGGAUGGAGCCAUUGAGUUUUAUGAUCCCAUUGAUCCAGACUCAUCAAUGAAGCCUCCCGUUUACAAAUAUAAUGUUUCUGGAUCUGUGAUGAUUCAUCGAGCACCAGUUACAUGUUGCAAAUAUAAUUCUGUAUUUGGAGUGAUGAUUAGUUGCGACGAGAAAGGCAUAGUUGAAUAUUGGAAUCCACAUACUGGGAAAUUUCCAACUCUAGAAGAAAGCUCCAACUACAUGAAUUUGCCAAAAGGUCACUCGAGUAAUUUAUUCACAUUCAAAUACAAGUCUGAAACAUCUCUCUUUGAGUUAGCUAAGGCCAAAACGUAUGCGGUCAGCAUUGACAUUUCUGAGGAUGGCAAGAAGUUUGCUGUCUUGUGCCGAGAUGGCCAUGUUCGAGUGUUCAAUUUCCUCUCAGGAAAGCUCAUUAAGGAUUACGAUGAAACGCUACAAUUUCAAGAAAAUCUACAAAAAGCAGCCACCAAUCCAAAUUUCCUUCGCCACUUGGAGGAAGUUGCAACAUCUUCUCCAGAAACAUCUCAGUUACCACCUGAUGAAAUUACAAAAUCUAAAGAUUUAUUAACAAAAUUGAGGCAAGAAACAACAGAUAUAGAAAUGUAUGCUUUGGAAAACUUUGAUUUUGGUCGACGAGUUGCUAUUGAACAUGAAAUUGAGCAAUUGAUUGAUAGCAAACACUCAUCGAACAAAUCAACAGCGAACUCAUCUCUACGCGAUUAUCAUGUCACUCCCAACAUUCUUUUUGACGAAAGUUCUAGCUUUAUCAUUUAUCCAACAAUAUUUGGAAUCAAAAUUAGAAAUUUGAGAACCGAUCAUGUAGAUAGAUUACUAGGAAAAGUUGAAAGCACUGAACGAUUUCUUCAUAUUGGACUCUUCCAAGCCAUUAUCAAAAUGUCAAGAGCAGAGCUUUCAAAAAUUAACAACGCUAAGAAAACAGAAGGAUCUGCAGUUUCGCAAAUAUUCACCAUGACAGAUUCCAAUGAUGACUCCAAUGCUCCAAAACUUGAAUAUUUCGAUCCCACUCUAUUCUGUUCUGCCUACAAGAAGAACCGUUUCUAUCUAUUCACCAAACGAGAGCCCUCCGAAGAUGAAGAGUUGACUGGCUCCGUUCACAAACGAUAUGCUUACAUUAAUUCUAGUGUCACCUUUGGCAGAGACAUUUUCAACGAGAAGCCAUCGAAAGAAGAAAUGGAAAUUGCAAAUGCCAUUGGAGAGGCAUCUUCAUCUGUGGCAAGCAAGCAAAAGGUCGGAAAGAUGGCCAAAAUUGCAACCAUUCACACCUCCUUUGGAGACAUACAAGUUCGAUUAUUCCCUGAUGUUUGUCCAAAAGCAGUCGAAAAUUUUACACAACUCUCCCUGAAUGGAUACUACGAUGGUUGUAUCUUCCAUCGUGUCAUUAAGAACUUUAUGAUUCAAACUGGUGAUAAUGAUAAUCGUGACGGAACAGGAGGAACCUCAAUAUUCGGUAAAGAAUUCGAAGAUGAAUUUUCUCCAAGUUUGAGGCACGAUCGUCCAGGAAAACUUUCCAUGGCAAAUUGUGGACCCAAUACGAAUAGUUCUCAAUUCUUUAUCACCACUGUGCCAACACCAUGGCUUGAUGAUAAGCAUACACUCUUUGGAGAAGUCAUUAAAGGAAUGGAAGUGGUUCACUCGAUUGAGAAUGUUCCAACCGAUGAGAAUGAUCGACCAAUUGUGAAGAAUGUGAAUGCACCCAACAUGCAAAACAAAAGAAAGAAGAAGAAUUUGUUAGACAUUGUGAUUUCGAAUAUUGAUAUUGAUGAAUUUUUGUAA